UGACGGACGCCGAGAUGCCCGCUGCCGGUGCACUGUCAACACGUUAGAGGAAAAGUGACUUUUUAAGUUCUAUUGUUAUACUUUACCCGAUGUUUAUAUGUUCUCUAUGAAUCAAGACAGAGGGCGUCACGAGCGGAAUCAAUGUUAGUUAGCUGUAAUAUAGUUUUAAGUUUGAUAAGCUAGCUAACGUUAGCUAAACUUUAAUUAACGGCUGAGUUCUUCCCGCUCACAAACAAAGAUGUCGGAGGAGAACAUCAGCUUGUUUGACUUGUUGAAUUUAGCCAUCGGGACACCCCAGAAGGGAGCUGUCAACUUCAGCGCCCUACACGCGCUGCUCAACGCCGUGCUGAGGCAGCUGGAUAUCCGGGAGGUGAAGACCGAGUGGAGGGACACUUCUCCCGGGGACGGGCGCCCCGAUGCUCCGGUGGGUGUCCCCGCUCACAUACAGGAGGACCGCCACACAGAGCAGGUAGAGCUCCGGGCUCAGACGGACAGCUCCACGGUGGACCAGGAGGUUCAGCCGGGCAACGAGCUGCAGGAGCGGACCGCGUCCCCCGGUCCCGCGGCGGGCGGCCAGGGGAGGCUCCUGUCCCGCAUCCAGACCUGCGAGGACGGCGUGUCCAAGGCCAUGAAGAUAAUUCAGGAGCUCCACAACCACACAGACGAUCUGAAGGAGGAGACGAAGGAGCUGCGCCUCCAGCAGACGGUUGCUGCUCAAGCAGAGACGGUCUCUGAUGUGGAGAAGUGCUGCCACCGUGUGGACGCUCUGCAGGAGACUGUGAGAUCUCUCAGGGACACAUUGCAGAAGUUUCCGGACCCGCAGGAGCUGAGUCGGUGUGUGUCCUGGGACGUCAUGCAGUCAGCGCUGCUCAGCCACAGAGAACACCUGCAGGAGGAGCUCGUACAUUCAGGGAUUGUUGAUCCAGCCAAAGAGUUCAGACCUACACACACGCCUGUCCACAGCAGCACGCCCUCCCCCCCCCACCCUGUCGGGGACAACGGCAGGCCGGCGGCUCCUAGUCCUCCAGCCAAUUCUCCACAGAUACCUGCGGACCCCCGAGCGGGCACCGAGGCUCCUCUGGCCCCGUCAGAGCCCCCUUGGCAGACUGAUCCCGAAGCGGUCCUGAAGGCCGCUGCUACGCUCCUGCCUCGAAAGGCCAGCGGCUCAGAGCGCCACGCGGAGACGGUGGAGGCGCUGAGGAACAUCGAUAAACUGAAGGAGAGCUUCAGCGACCUGGAGGCUCGUGUUGCUGCGCUGGAAGAAGGUUCAGGGGAUGCGUUGAACAACCCGAUGGAUCAGCUGAACCAGCAGAGAGCUCUCAUAGACAGCCUGAUGAGGGACCGCGACAAGCUGGACAGUUUGGAGGACAUGUUUUUGAGUGUAACGAGUGGAGACAGAGACUCCAGCUCAGAGGCAGCUUCAGGGAGCGAGGACAGCAAAGCUUCUCAUGAGCUCACACAGCAAAUGUCCUACCUCAGGAAGUGUCUGCAGAAGCUGGAGGAGGAGCUGAAGCAGCUGAAGGCUACACAGGCUUCAGCUGUGGAGAGAACAGCUGAGCAGCACCUGCAGGAUCAGCUGGACGACCUGCGAGGCAUGUUGGAGGACAUGAUGCAGUCGUUGACCUCUGACCUGUCGGAGGCGGGGCAGGAUGAGGGUGAUGAUGAUGAUGAUAGCCAGAGCCUCGCUCAGAGAACAGAGAGAGCAACGUUCACCAGCAGCACGGUGAACGUUGGCUGGAAGCUCAGCCUUCUGUUCCAGCACUAUGAGCAGCUGCAGGACACAGUGAACAGCCUUCUGCAGCAGCAGACUGCAGGCAGAGCGGAGCCGCUGAAGGUCAUAGAGAACGUGGAGCUGGUGAACGAUGUGCAGAAGGCCAUCCUGCAGCUUCAGGCUGGAUGUGAGAAGCUGCAUGAGACCAGCAGACAGAAGCAGAGACACAUCGAGGAGCUGUACAAGACGACGGAGGAGCUGGAGGAGAGCAAGGCGGACAAGCAGAUGGUGGAGAGUGAAAUCAAGAAAGCAGAUAAAUCUGCUCUGGACAGCAAAGUGAGCCGUCUGCAGUUUGACUCUGCGACGGAGCAGCUGGGCACCAUGUUCCACGAGCUGCUGAACAAGGUGACGGGCCAGGAGCAGGACUGGCACAACGUCAUCCGCAGACUCUCCACCGAGAUGGAAUGUAAGUUGAACAGGAUGGAGCUGGAUUCUGUGAAGAAGCAGCUGGAGGAUCGCUGGAGGAACAUCCACGAGAAGCUGCAGGCUCAGGGAGCUCCAGAGCAGGACGAUGCUGCUGGGAUCAGAAAACAGCUGGUGGACAGAUUCCACUGCCUCUCCUGUGACCGACCUGUUGUCAUGCACUCUGGACAGCACGUGGUGAAGCUGUCGUCCACUGCUGGAUUCCCCUCACACAAAUCCAUCAGGCCGUUUACUGUUUACGCUCUGGAGCAGUUUCGACAGCACUACAGGAGCCUGAAACCAGGAACCAGACGCUACAGCUUGGAGGUAGAUAACUGUGGCAGGAGAAGGCAGCAGCUCCAGAGGAGCCACGCUGUGAUGUGCAGGCAGAUAGAGAGCGUGCAGAGGAGACACGCUGACAGCAAGGCCAAGCCGCUACGACACCACGGGAGACAACCUGGGAAGUCCUACAGUGAGUUGUUCAUGGACUGCUGA